CUCCUUCUACUCCGCCUUCUUUUCCCUUUGUGACGUCCCUGGACAUUCUAGCUUUCCUCUAUAUUCCGUCCCUCUUUCCCUGUCGAUUUGCCGGGCUAGCUGCCUCUGCUGACCCAGUGGUGCUCACCUGCUGCUAGAACAUGGCUUUUGUCACCCGACAGUUCGUGCGCUCCAUGGCCUCCUCUUCUUCUGCCACUGGACCCGCGGCCUCGGCCAAGAAGAUCCUCAUCAAACACGUGACUGUCAUUGGAGGUGGACUCAUGGGUGCUGGGGUAACGCAGGUUGCUGCAUCAACUGGACACAUGGUUGUGUUGGUGGACCAGUCAGAUGAGAUCCUGGCCAAGUCUAAAAAAGGAAUUCAAGAGAAUCUCCAGAGAGUGGCUAAAAAGAAGUUUGCAGAAAAUCCUCAGGCUGGUGAUGAAUUUAUUAAGAAGAGUAUGAGCAAUAUAUCUUUGAGCACAGAUGCAGCUUCUGUGGUUCACAGCACUGACUUGGUGAUAGAGGCCAUUGUAGAAAACCUGAAAUUGAAAAAUGAGCUAUUCCAGAGGCUGGACAAGUUUGCAGCAGAACACACGAUCUUUACCAGCAAUACUUCCUCUUUGCAAAUUACAGACUUAGCUAAUUCUACCACCAGGCAAGACCGAUUUGGGGGGCUCCAUUUCUUCAAUCCUGUGCCCAUGAUGAAGCUGGUAGAGGUCAUCAAGACACCAAUGACCAGCCAAAAAACAUUUGAAUCUCUUAUAGACUUUAGCAAAGCUUUGGGAAAGAAUCCAGUAUCUUGCAAGGAUAGCCCUGGAUUUAUUGUAAACCGUCUCCUUGUACCAUAUCUUAUGGAAGCAAUCAGGAUGCAUGAAAGAGGGGAUGCUUCAAAAGAAGAUAUUGAUAUAGCCAUGAAGAUGGGAGCUGGUUACCCCAUGGGCCCAUUUGAACUUCUGGACUAUGUUGGUCUGGAUACCACAAAGUUCAUCAUGGAUGGAUGGCAUAAAAUGGAUUCCAAAAACCCAUUAUUCCAACCCUCCCAAGUGCUAGAUAAAUUGGUAGAAGAAAAGAAGUUUGGCAGGAAGACAGGAAGCGGAUUUUACAAAUACAAGUGAUCCUCCUGGUCUCUUGAGUGGGAGAAAGUCUGUCAGCAGGUACCAGUUGGCCGUCUCAAGAACCCGUUGGGAAUGCUGUUUGGUCAGAAGUUCCCUCGUUCAGCCUGCCCUGAUCUUGUUUGAUUGUUAUCUGUCUCAGGAUUAUUUUGUACUCAAUAUGUAAUGACAGAUUUCUUCAUUCGAGAACUAAUUUUUUUUUAGUUUGUCUCUUUCUAUUUUUCUAUAAGCUUUGUGCCUUGAAGCAAGUGAUGCCUUUGAAUCUCUUCAUUUUCUGGCAAAAUUAUAUGCAUAUAAAAAAUGUGAUCCAUCUUCAUGUCUUCUCCUAUUUGUGGAAUGCCAAUAGGGGAAUGAGGUAUGUGUGUGUGUGUGUAUGUCUGGGUUCGUGUUCCUCCAGCAGAUGGCAGUGUGUACCUGGCCUCUUAAAAGACCAUGUGCUUGCUUUAACUUGCCUUAUGAGGUUUCCCCAUGUCCAUAGCAUCAUGUUUGAAACAAUCCAACCAGAUGCUGAAAAACAUAAACUUAGAUUUUUAUUCAGCCUUUUUUCAGAAGGAAAACAGUCUUAUGAUAUUGCCUUUAGUGGAGAAUUGGCACCAUUUUUCUGAAUUUCAUAAUCAUUCAUAUUAUCUCCUAACCCUUUUAGAAACCACUAUACAGAUUGGAUUUAAUUACAAUGUCCACUUUUUAAAAAUUAAUAAAUUUACUAAGUAAUGAUUUCUCUGUGUUUGAAUUUCUUCCCUCAGAAAGGGCAUGAGGAUGGGGGAUUUUGAUGUAGGAAAUUAUUCUAGUCUAAAUCUUUAUGUGGCUAUCAUUUUCAUGGGUUUCUUUUAUUUCUGGUAAUGGCACAGUAUAAAAAGAGUUCUCUGACUAUUUAAGAUGUAGUGAUCAUGAUGUCAAUUUCUUUGAAUAAAGGAAUUUAGACUGUUUUUUAAAAAAAUCAUUGUUUGAAAAGUUAUCUUCAUGGUGUAUUAGGAUUAGAAAAUAUCUUAGGCAUUUUACAGAUGGGGAAAAUGGGGCCCAGAGAAGUUAAAUGAGUUAAGUUAAAUGAAUUAAGCCAAGCUGGGAAUUAUACCUCUAGUGGUGGGUGACAAGAUAAAAUACUGGGAAGAAACUCGGCGCAGGGGGAGGGGGAGAAACCCACAAGUCUAGUCCUUCCUCCAAAAGUCAUCGUUGGAUUAUAUAUUGGGUUAAAAUUUCAAUGCUAGGGAAAUAGAAAUGGGAAGUUUUUCUCCAAUCACACAUUAGUAGAAAAAGGAAUUCUUUCAAAUAAAAUAUGUGCCUGUUAUGUAUGUAUAUGAUAUGUACACAUACCAGUCUUCAGUGUGUAUGGGUAUAUAUGUAGAUUGUUUGACAAAUAGGUACUCGACAUGCUUAGUCUAAAGAAAUUGCGGCUUCUCUGAACAUUUAAAAAAAUGUUUCCUAAGAAAACAAACUACGUACCUGUAUAGCUGCCCUAUUUCCAUUUAAUAAAGGUUAACCAUGUGGUCUAACAA